AUGGGAAAGCAACAAGUUUCAGUUGAUGGAAUACAAAAGGAACAAAAACAUAAACUCAACCCCGACAAGGAUUUGGUGGUGAUGGAAUUUUCAUACAAUACGAGAUUAAUUAUGACCCAUCACAGAUCUACUCUACCGGAAAAAUCUACUUCAAAAAUGGCGAAGAAGGAGAAGCUCGAUUUUUUAAAUUUGAAAAAUCGGAAGAGGACUUAG